AUGAAGCUGUUUGCCAAGCGAAAACGAACUGUAGAUGCGAAAGCGAAAUCUCGUUGCGAGACAUUCCAAUCUGACAAGCAAGUUGAGGAGCUGCUGAUACAGGAUCCGAGUACUUGGAACGCCAAACAGCGGCGUAUGAUCAACCGAUACCAAGACCGCAAAGCUACUGAAGCCACUGAGACUCUGACGGGCGCCACAGAUGGGGAAGCAUUGAUAAAAGAGACAAUUGACAGGAACGAGGCCAAACGACAAAGCAAAGUGUCAUCUGAUGAUGGAAUUAGGCUUCCUGAUGAAGGGAAUGAUGAAGCCGUAUCCGAGUCGAAAGAACUCGGAGACCUUGACAUUGAGUCUACAGGUGACGAUAAUACCGGUGCAACGAACAUAAAAGAUGAGAACAACGGAGUUGAUGAUGAGCUUCAACUUUUGUUGGAUAAGAUCAAUUCUAAGCAAAGACGGAAGAUCUCGAGAAGUGUAGAAAGGGGCGAGCUUUCUCCCGCAGAUGCCAAGAAAGAAGCACAGACUGUUCUGGCCGAAUCAAUUCCCAAGGAAGCUUCUCGUCCCUCGCAGGAUAUUGACCUAGAUAAACCAGAACCUCAUGCAGACGGAUCGCCUAAAAAGAAACGCCGGCGUAAAGGGGGUGAAAUAGAUUUGAGUAAGCUAUCCCCGGAAGAACGCCUACGUCGGGAAGACCAGCGUCGUCGCCAACAAGAAGCUGCAGAUCGUGCUGCCAGGGCACCUUCCGGACACAGCCACCCGUUGAACUCCGAACGACGGCGUGCCAAUCGCCGGAAACCGAAGUGGUCCAGAAAGCAAGCGGUAGCAGUAGGCAACGAACACGACUCGUCAGGUUACCAUAUGCGAAGAAAUCAAGACGUAGUGGUGAAGUAG